AUGGAAGAAUGUGAAGCAUUGUGCACAAGAAUUGCUAUCAUGGACAAAGGACAAAUCCGUUGUAUUGGCAGCAAACAACAUUUAAAAAACAAGUACGGAAUGGGAUAA